ACCUGCGGGUGAAUCGCAAUAGUUUUAAAUAUAAAACUCAACCUUUACUCCACCUUUCCACCGUCGGUUGCUCUCACGGUCUCUCUUGCUCCUCUCUCUCCCUCUCAAAAGCAAAAAAGUGUCGAGAGAGAGUGGGAGAGAGGAAGAAGGGGAUUUAUACACGCAAGGGAGAAGAAGAAGCCGAUCUUUAAGAGAUCUGAUCAAACCUAGGUUGAAGAAAUGGAGCAGAAGUCUCUGAUCUACGCCUUCGUAGCCCGUGGCACUGUGAUUCUUGCUGAGUUCACCGAAUUCAAUGGAAAUUUUAAGUCUGUGGCGUUUCAGUGUCUCGAGAAGCUCCCAACCUCCAACAACAAGUUCACCUACAACUGUGAUGGUCACACCUUCAACUAUCUCGUCGAUAAUGGCUAUACAUUUUGUGUAGUUGCUGUCGAAUCAGUGGGAAGACAGGUUCCCAUGGCUUUUUUGGAGCGCAUCAAGGAUGACUUUUUGUCAAGAUAUGGGGGUGGAAAAGCAGCCACAGCUCCUGCUAACGGCCUUAACAGGGAUUUUGGGUCAAAAAUAAAGGAGCAUAUGCAGUACUGUGUUGAUCAUCCUGAAGAGAUAAGCAAGCUUGCAAAGGUGAAGGCUCAGGUUUCUGAAGUUAAAGGUGUCAUGAUGGAAAAUAUUGAAAAGGUUCUUGAUAGGGGAGAAAAGAUAGAGCUUCUGGUGGAUAAAACUGAGAAUCUUCAUCAACAGGCACAGGACUUCAGAAGUGCAGGGACAAAAAUUCGGAGGAAAAUGUGGCUGCAAAACAUGAAGAUUAAGCUGAUUGUAUUGGCCAUUUUGUUGGCCUUGUGUCUCAUCAUUGUCCUCUCUGUUUGCCAUGGGUUCAACUGUGGGAAAUGAUCACCUGUCUUUUGAUAACAAUACGUACAUAAAUUAGCCUUUGCACACGUCUCUUUUUAGUCUUACCUAACAGCAAUGUGCCUGCGAUUUCUGUAUGUAAUCCAACAUUAGCCAUCUACAUUUAUGUGCACCAAAACAUCUGUUCUCUCCUAGUUAAUGCACUCGAGAUUGGCCUCUGAAAA